UUCAUUUGUGACCACUCAUGAAGUAUUUACCCUGAGUCGGCCACCUGAGUCUGCACAUAAAAAGCAUCCUUGACUAAUACCAAGAAAACCUUUUAGAAACCCUCUAUUAUUGUCUGAGAAGAUCGAAUCACGUUCCCAGAGUCCUCGUUACAAGGGUAACGAGGGCUCUGGGAAUGACAUUGGAGAAGAUUGUGAGCCAAAGUGACUUCCGGUUGAAGUCGAACCCGCGCAAAGGAUCAUUCCUUCUGGUAGUAUAAGGACGUGUCUUUAUCUGUUACUGAGACUGAUUGAAUGUCUUUUCGAGCUCGCAAGAUAAUGAAAAUUACCUUAGUUAUUGCUUUUGCUAUUUGCGCCUUGGUUUUCCUUCUUCUACCCGACGAUUCUCAAGCUGGAAAAACGAAGAAAGGUCCUUUAGUUACGGAAAAGGUUUUCUUUGACAUCACACAUGGAGAUGAAAAGUUAGGAAGAGUUGUAAUUGGUCUGUUUGGGAAAACUGUACCUAAAACAACAAAGAAUUUUGCUACUUUGGCAUCAGGAGAGAAAGGAUUUGGCUACAAGGGAAGUAAAUUUCACAGGGUAAUCAAAGACUUUAUGAUUCAAGGUAAGCAGCUGAAAACCUGAGAAUGUAAGGCAAAAUAUU